CGCUAGAAUACGAGAAUCAUGCCUCCCAAAGUGAGCUCCAAGGGCGCCAAGAAAGCCGGUAAGGCUAAGGCCGCACGUAGUGGUGACAAGAAGAGAAGGAGGAAGAGAAAGGAAAGCUACAGCAUCUACAUCUACAAAGUGAUGAAACAGGUGCACCCUGACACCGGUAUCUCCAGCAAAGCCAUGAGCAUCAUGAACAGCUUUGUCAAUGACAUCUUUGAGCGUAUUGCCGGUGAAGCUUCCCGCCUUGCCCACUACAACAAGCGUUCCACCAUCACCAGCCGAGAGGUUCAGACUGCUGUCCGUCUCUUGCUGCCCGGUGAGCUUGCUAAGCACGCUGUCAGUGAGGGCACAAAGGCCGUCACCAAGUACACCAGCUCCAAGUAAAUCAGCAAGUCGGUGAUUUACACAAACGGUCCUUUUCAGGACCAACCAUAUCUUUCCAGGAAAGCUAUACCAAAUGUUAUUAUAAGACAUACACGUGAUAACAAACAAGAAAUGUGCAUGUUCACACACGCACAAGAAUCCCUACACUCUGACAUAGAAGAAUUCGUUUUGCAUUCUACAAUCUUUUAUUUACACAGUAUAGCAUUGUCUCUGCUCUCAUUGUGGGCAUGUUUCUCAACAUCUAAACCAAUAAGUAAAUUAUCAGCUGUUUGAAAAGUGGAGGCCUUGAUGAUCCCCGGCACACAAUUGAAUUUGAAAGACAUAAUAUACGUAAUCUACAGUAACAAGUGGAAAUAUUACUUAAUUGUUAUGUAUUACACUGCUGAUUAGCACACGCUUUACUUUUUUUAUUUUCACAUACAAUAUGUUGACAAAUGCAUUUAAAUUAGGUGAAAUCACUGUGUAUUCUGGAGUUUUUAUUUGAUUAUUUGUUAGCAGCUACAGGACAUUGGAGCUACUAUGGUUUUAGUGGCAGAUAAAAUACUUUUAAAAAAUUCUCUCUUAAAAAUAAAGUGCCUUAAGCAUGCACUUCAGCACAGUUGACAAUAUUAUUAUGAAUAACAUCUACAACAAGAAAGACAAAUUUUAAAAUCAAUAAAAAGGAAAUAAUA